UACGACACAGAUUGUGACAUCAUCAAUGUGCAAAGUACAGCACUGGACGAAUGCAGGGGCCCACAAACACGGCCACUGAUCAACGUGAUCCCAAAGUUUUGACAAGUUGUAGCACGUGUAGUGGUUUUGCUGACAGUUCAGUUUCAUGUGAGCUGUUAGGAGGAAAUACUUUUAAACUCAUUGAAGAGACCUGGAAAACAACAAAAGUGACUUCCUCGUCACUGUCAUGGCUGCUGGGAGUGCAUGUCGAUCCAAGCGUGUCCCGGGAGUUGCAGAGUUUUUGAGGAAAUGAAGAAAGUCAUGUUGGAAAACCAUUAUUAGCUUCUGACAAAGACUGGAAGUCGGGUCACAAACCAAACGGAGGAUGAGUCACCGGGAAGAAGCGAAUCAGGGCACGGGGCUCAGCGUUGCCUUUGACAUAUUACUUAAAGCGCCGCCUGAGAGGCUGCAGAGUCUGACGGUCCAGCUGGGUGAGUCACCUGAAGAGAGCGUCAUACGCAUCUUGUGUCUGGUGGUUCUCAAGAGAGAGGCUGAGGCCCUGAGCAAAAGCCAGGAGCUGAAGGACAACCGCCUCGCUGAGCGCCUGUUGGGAAAGUUACCGAGCGGAGGCCGUUUGGAGUGUUUUAGAGAUCACUGUAAUCACUUGGAGGAGUUUACAGGAGAAACCUCCACAAUCGUGGCUCGAAUUUUUAAAGUCUUGUCGGAUCAGAGGCUCUGCGAUCCACGUCUGAGAGAUCUGGCAUAUCAGAGAGCCCUUUCCGCUAACGGCCAAAAGCCGAGCAGCGGUGAGGAUCUGGAAUUAAUUCGCCUCUUUGAGGAAGCUAAAAUUGUCUGCGGACCUCAAGUCGCAGAGUCGGCGUCCCCGAACGACUUGAAGCGCCGCGAUCCUCAAAGAAGCCCGAGCGCAGGGAGCACAACUUUAGUUCGUCCGGAUCAGUCAGAAGGAGCUCCCAGUCUUCCAAGCCCUCUGCAGGCCGGCUCUUUAGAGGUCUCAUUGCCGACUCAUCUAGAGAUCAGCAUCCCUUCGACGGUCCCAUACAAAAGCGUUCCACACAUAUCAGGUGGAUCCAAAGCGACGGAUGAGAGUCAGGCAAAUAAGGGACCUGAGCAACGUCAGUCACUUAACGAACCUCAGUCCAAAUCAAUGGAACCUGCUCAGUCUAAAGCCAAGAAGAACCCAAUGCCAGAUGCAGCAUCUGGCACAGUGUGCGUGAAGCUGGACAGUCACACGGGCCCAAACCAGAACCCCAAACCGAGCAUCGAGCUGAAACCUCCAAUACCCAAUCAGCCAAAUGUGCUUGUUCCACAUGAAAUGCAUGAAAGUCCCAGUGCAGACAAGGAGGAGGAGGAGGAGGAGGAGGAUGUAUUUUAUGCAUUCGUCAUCCUGCACGCACCCGAGGACGUAGAUUUGGCAGAGAGCAUGCGGGACAGAGUGGAGGCGGCCGUGGGGGGCGGGAGCAGAGGCGCGGUGUUCUCCGAACACUUCGCCGUCCCCGGACGGAGCGCGCUGAGGUGUGUGGAGGACGCCAUCAACAACUCGGCCUUCACCUUUCUGCUGCUCACCCGCAGCUUCAACACGCGAAUGCUGGAGCUGAAAACCAACACUGCGCUCAUCAACGCCAUCAACAAUGAGCACAAGUACAACACGGUGAUCCCACUGCUGCCACGGCAGAACCCCAUGCCCAGCCUUCCCAUGGUUCUGGCGACAAUAGUCCCACUGCAAGAGGACAACAGGCUGGAGGGGAAAGUUAAAAUUGCAAUGACUCCAGCGAAGCUUAGGAGGCUUAAAAGAAUCUGGACGGAGGAGCAGAGGGUGAAGCACCAGCUGGAGAGACAGGACGCACUGAAGCAGCUGAACCAGACCCAGAAGCAGCUGAUCCAAGAGUGUAACCGAGCAAAGGUUCUGCAGAUGGAGAACAUGAGGCUGAGAGGCCUUCUGAUCGGCAGCGAGGAGCCCGGCGACGGCCCGGCCCGGCCGCAUGCACACAGCAUUAACAUUCAAAACGCCCAGUAUAUUAUGAUUGGCAACGAUUCCAAGAUGACUGUAGAUUCUGGUGGAGGUGUGGACAGAGAUGAACAAGUUGACGGGGAAAAAGAGGAGGAAGGUUCAUUUUCUGAAUCAGCUUAGGUGGAGAAGUAAAAAUAACACUUUCCUGAACACUAAAAAAAUAACAGCUGUAAAAGCCAUUUUAAAUAUUAUCUCCAACAGUUCAAUCAACAUUUAUACAUUUGAAAACACCACUUAAAGGCCAACUGAUGCAUUUGAGGAAUACUUAGCAGAGCACUGCCACCUACUGACCGGCCCCACACGUUUGCUUUGACCUGUCAUGCGCUGUAAGAACCAACUUUGGACGCUAGGGGGCGACGCCGUUACAUAUAACAACUAUUGAAUUUUUUUGGAGACAAUAUGAAUUUGUCAGUUAAAUAUCUCCUACAUGUAUUUUUAAAUGCACAUGAAUAUAAUGCAAUUUGGCCUGAUUAAAAUGUCCACCCUGUUUCAUGCA